UUUAAAAAUCAUCUAGUUUUCGAGUUUGAAUUUAAUCGGAUUUCUUUCAAAUUCUUGUCAGUUUUUUUCUCAGUCUUUAAUAAAUUUUUAAUUAAUGAGUGAAAUAUUAUUCGUUAAUGUAUUAUAGCAAACUUCCUUAAGCACUUUUACCAGUCGUUUUAGAAUACUUACCUUAAUUGGAUUAACCAUGCUUCCCGAUUCAGCAGUUCCGGUAACCAUCAACUCUAACAACUUAAGCAGCAGCAAUAGCAACAAUAGCAACAACAGCAGCAUCGUUUCUACUUGAAGGAUAACAUUUAAAUCUUUUAAUUGGUACUUUCGAGAUCCGUAAAAAGUACUGAAUCCCAAGUACCUACUGGACAUACAUAAUUAAUAACUCAUCAAGGAAUCACUUCGCAAAGCUUGAUAAUGAAAUGGGUGCGUACGGAUAUGAUGGUCGAGGACCAACAUCACAACUCUCCAUACCGUCGACUGCAACAUCCUUCGAUACCACCAAAUUCACAUCAUAUUCAAAACCAAUUCUGUCAGCAUCAACAACAACAACAACAACAACAACAACAAGGACAACAAAAACAGAAAACACCGAGCAUACAGAAUCAACAACGACCCACAUCUUUGAUGACGUCGUCUACUUAUGCAGAGUGGCGAACGAAACAUGGUCCUCAUAUUGGGGUCCGGAUAUUUUGUGUACCUCUCCAAAAUCCGAAGCAUUAUCUUCAUCACCACCACCGACUGAUACAUACAAAUGCCUACUCGAAUCCUUCCAUAGCUCAUCACAGAGCGCCCACUUUGUCUGUCAGCCCUUGGCACUGGCAUCCGAUACGAUGGAAAAUACACUGAGUUUAUAUGCCCACGAUUGUAUCCUCAAUACCACACUCCUAGUUCGUAAUGUCAUAAAUCCAGUAUCUGAAUUUAAUUUAGUCGUUUCAAAGUUACCUGAUCUCGUUACCAAUCAGCUGCCAUUACUGCCAACACUCGGGGCGGUAAUGGUGGCCACUAAUAGUAGUGUCAAUUGUGAUCUAGUACAAAGUCGAACGUUUGUGUGCUCUCAGUCGAGUGCGGAUGGUGGUGUUAUGGGAUCGAUAUUUGAGAAUAUAUCUGAGAACUUAUCGGUCAAUCCCAGUAUGGCAUCAUCGUCCUCCUCACUGAUGUUGAGCAGACAUCUCGAGUGCAUAUUAAGUAUAAUUCCAAGUGCAGAAUAUAGUUGGUGGUCGAGUCCAUUUGCAAUGCUUAAUCAGUCAAUAGCCGGAAGUGGAACAUUGGCAUAUAAUGGAAGCAGUAGUAGUAAUUUCAGCGAUAUGUGGUCAACGGAUAAUAUUGGAUUACAUGCAGCUGGAGAAGGACAUGGUUACGAUUGGAUAUUUCUUUUUGUAAUUGCUUUCAUUUUUGCUGGAGGUUUGGGUAACAUUUUGGUUUGUUUGGCUGUGGCAUUGGAUCGUAAACUACAGAAUGUUACCAAUUAUUUUCUGUUUUCAUUGGCAAUAGCUGAUUUGUUGGUCAGUUUGUUUGUAAUGCCGCUGGGUGCUAUUCCUGCGUUUUUGGGUUAUUGGCCGCUUGGAGUGACUUGGUGUAAUAUUUAUGUCACUUGUGAUGUAUUGGCUUGCUCUUCGAGUAUCCUUCACAUGUGUUUCAUCAGCCUGGGACGUUAUUUAGGAAUUCGCAAUCCCCUUGGCUCACGUCAUAGAUCAACAAAGCGAUUGGCUGGGAUUAAAAUUGCCAUAGUCUGGAUGAUGGCAAUGAUGGUAUCUAGUUCAAUAACAGUUUUAGGAAUAAUAAAUAAGUCCAACAUCAUGCCACAUCCUCGUGUUUGUGUGAUAAAUAACCGAGCUUUCUUUGUGUUUGGCUCCCUUGUGGCCUUUUACAUUCCGAUGCUGAUGAUGGUAACCACAUAUGCACUAACGAUUCCAUUACUUAGGAAAAAGGCUCGUUUCGCUGCCGAACAUCCCGAGAGUGAACUGUUCCGAAGGCUUGGUGGACGAUUUGCAAUUCGUCCUCAGCAUGGCCACCAUCAGCAACUGAACAACACCUACAGCAAUUCAAGUGGCAGUUAUAACAAGUUCCUAGCGGACUCAAAUCGAAGUUCUAAUGGAACCAACUGUACUAACGACUUUGACAAACAACAAAAACCUCAUCCAUUGCAUUUACAUCGUCAUCAAAAUUCAGUUUCACAAAAACAAAAGCGCCAGCUUAGAGAUGCCUGUGUCGGAUGGCCAGGCGUUGGAAGUGGAGUUGGUGGUGGCAUCAGUGGCAGUGGUGGCAAUGGUGGCAGUAGCGGCGGCAGCGGCAAUUCUAAUUUCCGACAAGAGAGUAAUCAAACCCCAGCCAGCUUUAGAUUGAGCAAUACACCAUCAUCAGGACGAUGCAUUAAAUCACCACGCAUAUCGAAAUCACAGUCACAGCAGAGCGCAAUGUACUGGAGAUCUCCGGCAAAUCCAAACGUCGGCAUCGGUUUAGAUAGCAGGAGACCUUCAUCAGGAGAUGCGGCUAGGGCGAGUUCAUCUCAACCGCAAAUAGGUUAUACAAAUGGCAACAACAGUGCCAGUUCUCGAACGAAUUCCAAUUUGACAUCUGCCACAGGGGCUAUUCAGCAGCAACAAGGACCAACCUGUGAACAAGGCACCCAAACCCCCGAUUCAAUUAGUCGAGAAACUCGAAGGUGUAAGCUUAAAUCUUUCAAGUUCUCUUUGAAUAGUGUGACGACACCAGCUCUUAAUUUGCGUCGUAACAAACGUAAUAAUUUGUCAGCUAAUGCCGUAGCAACUGAACAAAAAGCCACAAAAGUUCUGGGACUAGUUUUCUUUACGUUCGUUUUGUGCUGGUCACCAUUUUUCAUACUAAAUAUCCUGUUUGCGGCCUGUCCCGAAUGCCAUGUACCUGAACAUGUUGUGGACACUUGCCUAUGGUUGGGCUAUGUGUCAUCGACAAUAAAUCCGAUUAUUUACACAAUUUUCAACCGAACAUUUCGAGCGGCUUUCAUCCGUUUGCUGAAAUGCAAUUGUGAAAGAUCCGGUAGGCCACCACGUUAUCGUUCGGUAACCGAAGGUAGGAGCGCCCUCAGCUUGUGUGCACCAUCAGCACUUCCGUUGGCAAUAUCCUUUCAGGGUGCGCCAUUGAUGACACCAUCAACGACAAAUGCGACACCGUUAAGUGAUUUUCGUGGCAGCUAUACAAUAACAGAUGAUGAGUGCUGAGAAGAGAUGUUGUUAUGAUGGUUGUGCCGAAGAUUUAUGUAUAUUAUAUGAGUGUGAUGUGGGAAAAAAGUUUCAUUAUUAUUUUCUUGUUGAAGCGAUUCAUUGUGAAUUAUUAAGAAUAUUUUGAUUUGUUUUGUUAUUUUUGUUGACAGGAAAUGUUGACGUACGAAACAGAGAGCCUAUUGAGUAAUUAAUUAGAUACCUACUUUGAGAAAUGUGAAUUAUAUUUGAGUUGAUAACAAUAAUAACUUUGAUUGACAAGUUCAA